AUGGAAUCUGCAGAGGAUCUGUUUGAAGACAUCGUCAUGUGUGAGGAAAGGUACCGUGGGGAGGGAUACGAGGAGGGCUUUGCCGAAGGAAAUCACGUUGGAGAAUCGGAAGGCAAACAGUAUGGCGCAGUUUAUGGGGCAAGAGCCGGAUCAGAGUUGGGGUGUUAUCUGGGAUUUGCUUCUACAUGGAGACACCUUCUUACCCUGAGCUCAGACGAUAAGCAAAGCAAGAAGAUUAAAACACUGGACUCCCUAAUCAAGAUGAUCCAGAGCUUUCCUUGUGAUGACCCAGCAAGUGACAAACUCCAAGAAGACAUGGCAAAGAUCCGGGGAAAGGUGAAGCAGGUUUGCUCCAUGUUGAACAUACAGCCUGAUUUUAAAAUGAAUUAUGAAGGCUCCGGACUAUCCUUUUGA